CGAUCCUUCGCUUUGAAUUGUGGGAAAGAAAUGUCUGCGCCCUGUGUUCAUACUGAGGAACACCUUACCUAAAUGUAUUUACUGACUUUUUGAAAUUGUAAACGAAGACCUCUUAAUAAGGCCAAGUGUAGAUAGGUGUUUUGGUUAAAAACAUUAAUCUGAAGAUGUCGGAAAAUACGCAGAAGGACAGGGUCUCUGGAAAUGCCCUCACCGGAGCUAUUAUUUCUGAAAUGCUGGGGAAGAACUUCGAGAGACUGCCUGACUUUGAUAAGAAACUCUUCCUCUACGGACCCUUGUAUCUGGCGGGGAACGGGGCUCUUGCAGGAUUGAUAUCCAACAGCUUGUAUCGCAGAGGCCUGAAUGUCACGCAGGCGGCCAUCUCCUCCAGCCUGCCGCUGGCUGUGAUGCCCUUCCUGACAACAUUUGCCCUUUACAACGGUGCAGUGUCCGGCCCCCUGCUGUCCGGGGAUCUCAACUGUCCCACCUGUGCCCUGAUCCGGGGUGCACUUGUUGGCGUGUUCGGUGGUGGCCUGUACCCUAUCCUCCUGGCUCUACCUGUGAACUUUGGGCUUGCAUCCAGGUACAAUACAGCACCGAUGCCAGAGAAGGGCAACAUGUUCCGGUACUGGAUGGACCUCUCCAAACCGGUCCUGAGGAAAAUGAGAGCGGUGAUUCUGCUCCAGGCGGUCUUUGGCACUUACCUGGCCUCCAGGCACUUUGACACGUACACCAAACUGGCGGAGUUAACAUUUGACCCAAAGGAAGAAGAACUCAAAGACUAACAUGUACUAAACCCAAAAAUUAAAUUUGUUUUAAGUCAUUCUCAACGCCCCUUGGUUGGUAUAUCAUGUGCUUAUCAAAUUAAUCAUCUCAAGUGGAAUGUACCUGAGAUAUUUUUCCACCACAAAUUAAAUGAUGUUUCUUUUAUAAAA